GCACCCCCCCUCAAUCACUUCUUCCGCUGUAUCCUUUUGUGAAUUUUUCAUUCCUUAUAUACAUGUUUUCUGAAAAAAUGGCCGCCCAAAGCACAUCAAUUUCUGAGAAUAAUCCAUAUUCAGAAUAUCAUCAAAAAUUUCAAUCUGCCGUACCUCAAAGUGAAGAAGAAUGGCUUUCAAGAGCAUCAGAAAUUUCCCAAAUCUUCUCAAAAGACGCUGCAAAGAGAGACAUCGACAACAAAACCCCUCACGAUGAAGUAUCAUUAUUGAAAUCAUCGGGAUUGCUAAAAAUAUUAGGCCCAAAGAAAUAUGGUGGAGGUGGUCAAUCAUGGGAUAUCGGAUACAAAGUGAUCAGAGAAGUAGCUAAAGGUGAUGGAUCUUUGGGUAUGCUACUUGGAUAUCACUUGCUUUGGUCGACAACAGCAAAUGUUGUGGGAACAGAUGAGCAGAUAGAUCGAUUACAAAAGGAGAUAAUUGAAAAUAAUUAUUUCAUGGGAGGUGCUGUUAAUCCAAGGGAUUCAGAUUUGAGCAUCAAAUCAGACGGUGAUAAUAUUGUGUUCAACGGACAAAAGCACUUCAACACUGGUGGAGUUGUAUCUGACAUGACAAUUCUUGAAGGUGUACUGGAGGGAACUGGGAAGCAUAUCUUUGCUGCGGUGCCAACUAGACAACCUGGAAUUCAAUUUGCCCACAAUUGGAACAACAUUGGUUUAAGACUCACCGAGUCCGGUAGUGUCAAGAUCGAAAAUGUCAGGGUUUCCUGGGAAGAUGCAUUAGGUUGGAAUGCCCAAACCAAGGAACCACUACCUCAAAUCCUUACUGUCCCUUUCGCAACCCUACUACUUCCUACGAUUCAAUUGGUUUUCGCAAACUUUUAUAUCGGAAUCUCUCUUGGAGCCAUCGAAUCAGCAGCCAAAUAUACGACGACUUAUACGCGUGCGUGGCCUUUCGGCGGGGAUAACAAGGAUAGUGCAACAGAGGAGUGGUAUAUUCUUGAGCGAUAUGGCACAUUCCAUGCACAUCUAUCGGCAGUUGUAGCUUUAGCGGAUUCUACGGGUAAGAAGUUGACAGACAUAUAUGCGAAACAUCAAGGUGAGCGUUCAGUGUCUGCACGAGAACGUGGCGAAUUGGCAGAAGCGGUUGCAGCUGUCAAGGUUGUUGCCACUGAUGUUGGCUUAAAUGUGACAAGUGGAGUAUUUGAAAUGACUGGAGCAAGAGCGACAAGUAAGAAUGUUGGAUUGGAUCGUUUUUGGCGUGAUAUUAGGACGCAUAGUCUUCAUGACCCUGUUGCUUAUAAGAAGAGGGAACUUGGAAGGUGGGCAUUAUUGGGAGAGAUUCCCGAACCAACUUGGUACACUUGAUCAAUCAGUUCUCUUAAUGAAGAAUGCGAACUGUUGAAAUUGGAAUUACCCAGCAGUUGGGCAAAUUUCGAUGAAGGAUUACCCUGACACUUGAUGAGGAUUUAGGGUAUCGCACAUUCUUAAACACGGAUGACUUCAUUCUACCAUGAUAAUGUUCCAAUUUGAAGGACAAAUCACUCUUGCAAUUUCGCAUCUGAAGAAACUUAACACAAGGGCUUGAAAAUUGAGGUCAAUCUGGGAAUCUGUGAGCCA